UGCGUUGUGCAAAAGUCUAUGUCUACGUCAUCGUGAACAGGUCCUUGUAACUUGCAAAUUGUCAUGAGUGUCAUCGGUGUCAUCAUUUAAUUUUGUACCACGUGGUUUUGUGCCGGUUAUGAUAAAUCGGAGUACGUACGACUACAGUUUGCGUGGGUACGCGAGGCACGCUAACGGUGCAAGAUGGCAAAGCAAUUGACGGAUCGAAUUUUAGAAUACUUGGAGACACAUGGCGAAACAAAUUCGUUGGACUUAGCAGAUGCGUUUCGAGAGGAUCAUCAGAAGGUCGUGGGUGCGAUCAAGAGCCUGGAGACUGUCGACGAUUUGAUCACGGUAACACCGAUUUCCAAGAAGAAAUGGGAGCUUACUGACGAGGGAAAAUAUAUAAUAGAGCAUGGUAGUCACGAAGCGGUUGUUUACAAUGCUGUCCCCGACGACGGGAUACCGCAGGCGAAGCUCGUCCAGUCUAGUCCUUAUGCUAAAGUGGGUUUUUCCAAAGCGAUGGUCGCCGGCUGGAUCACGCUCGAUAAAAGUGGAGACGUUCCUAUCGUACGAAAGAAGGUGCUGUCCAUCGUGGACACUGUUCAGACACACCUGAAGAAUCUUACGAGUGUUCCAGAAAAUGUCAAAGUGGAAUAUAAGAAGAGGAAGUUUCUGCAGGAGGUAGUGAUCAAGAUUAUGUGUCUUGAAAAGGGGCCAAAUUUUUCGACAAAAGUAGAAAAAUUAGAGGCGGAUUUGACAGCAGAUUUAUUGGUGAAUGGCGCUUGGAAAGAUAAAAAAUUCAAGCCAUACAAUUUUGAAGCAAUGGGUGCCCCACUUCAAAUUGGAUAUUUACAUCCGUUGUUAAAGGUUCGUCAUGAAUUCAGGAAAAUUUUCCUGGAAAUGGGAUUUAUGGAAAUGGCAACAAAUAAUUACGUAGAAAAUUCUUUCUGGAAUUUUGACGCUCUCUUUCAACCACAACAACAUCCCGCUCGUGAUGCACAUGAUACCUUUUUUAUCUCUGAACCACGUACUAGUACUAAGUUUCCUAUGGAAUAUCUCAAAAGAGUCAAAACCGUUCAUAGUAUAGGAGCGUAUGGAUCUCAAGGUUACAGGUACGAUUGGAAGUUGGAAGAAGCACAAAAAAAUUUGUUGCGCACUCAUACAACAGCAAAUAGUGCACGGUUGUUGUAUAAACUUGUUGAGGAAGGAAAGUUUAAGCCGGGCAAAUAUUUCAGUAUUGAUAGAGUAUUCCGCAAUGAAACUCUAGAUGCAACGCAUCUUGCCGAGUUUCAUCAGGUUGAGGGCGUCGUUGCUGGUUACAAUAUUACAUUGGGUAAUCUUAUUGGUAUCUUGUACGAAUUUUUUGGUAAACUUGGCAUCACUCAACUUCAAUUCAAACCCGCGUACAACCCUUACACCGAACCGAGUAUGGAAAUAUUUUGUUUUCAUAAUGGCUUGGAGAGAUGGAUAGAGAUUGGCAACAGUGGUAUGUUUAGGCCUGAAAUGUUAUUGCCAAUGAAUCUACCUCCUGAUGUUAAUGUCCUUGGAUGGGGUUUAUCAUUGGAAAGGCCAACAAUGAUUAAAUAUGGUUUAAACAAUAUACGCGACCUUGUUGGGCCAAAAGUGGACAUGGAAAUGGUUCAUAACAAUCCUUUAUGUCGAUUAGAGAAAAUGACUCAGUCGCAAUGGAAAACACGACAGCAAGAUGAAAAGUCUGUUGAAACACAAUCGAACCAGGAGGCAAAGAUCAAGCAGGUAGCAGGAUUCCCAUCAAAAGAGCCAAAAUUCUUAAAGCAGCAGCUUGUUAUUUUUUGCGAUCCAAAGCAUCCAUUUUAUUUCAUAGAAAUUUUCUUGAAAUUUAUAUCACCGCAUUUUCGUGUUUCUGUAUCGACACACAUUCAUUCUACAGUAGAAAAGUUGCCUGACCAUCUUGUCGACUUUUGCUCGGCUUAUGUUACUAAGAACCCAGAUGUGGAUAUAUUUUUUACUAUAAUUUGGAAAACUGUCGGGAAGGAUCCUAUUAUGAUGUUGUCAGGAAUGUAUAAAAUUCUGGGGCUGGUGAAUAUAGCACGAUAUUUAAAUCGUUUAGUUGAGCAAGUCGACUCGAACAUAUUAAAGUAUGAAACAAUGGGCCCACAUUACGCGAGUAAAAUAGAUUCUUAUUUAGAUAAAAUACAUGCUGCAAUCCACGACACGGAAACCAAUAACUCACUGACAAUAUGUAACAAGUCACGUUACAUAAUGGGAAAGGAUAUUUCAAUAAUUGAUCUUAUCGUUCAAUGCAGUAUGAAGUAAAAAAAAGAGACAUUAAUUUAUUAAAUCUUGUUUAUUUUAAGAAUAAAAUAAACUUUACAGCAGUGCUGAAAAAAAGCUUUCUUUUUUUAAACAUAUAAACUAUAAAUCUACAACUCUUAAAUUUGUAUUUUGAAUCUCGAAAUCGAGAACCAAAGAAUAUAUGUAACAAAGAAUAAAUAAAAAUUAUGUUAUGGUUUUUAUAUAAUUAUACAUAAUUUUAUAAUUGUAUAGAAAUCAUAUAAUUUUUUUAGUUUAAAAUCGAAUAAUUGAACGAUGAUUCUAAAGAAUUUUAUAAUUGGUGAAUUUUUUACUUUGACGCGUUUCUAGUAAUUUAUCUUGCGUGUAAUUAAAAAAAAAACCGGAGUAAAGUUUUAGGCCGCGAUUCGAAGUGUCGACGGCGAGCGGUCGCGGCUCUCGCGGAUUCGCCUACGAGUUUACGCCGCGCCCGCAUCGUGGCUACUCGCUUUCGCAACCACUCGCUCUUCGCUCGCGAGAAGUGCCGCCGCGGGUCGCGUCGCGCAUCGUCCGUUCGUGAGUCGCGUGUCCCGUUCUCGCGAGGCGAGUGACACGCAACGUGAGGAUCGGCUUGUUGUGUGCGCCGCAUCUUGUCAGGAGGAAAGAAAAAGAGCGUGAGCGUGUAUGCGAGGUGUGUGGAGAACUGUGAGACGAGCGGACGUGCAAAUUGCGCAUUGGCAAGAUAUCGUCGCGUUUCGCAUGCGACUCCUCGAGCCGGACCGAGUGAGGUGAAAAACGUUCUCGGUGACGAGGUUGUGUUCGACGCGGCGCGCGCGCGCGCGCGCGUGUGUAUGAGCGUGUGUGUCGCGACACGGGCUAGCUCUUUCUCUCUCGCGGUGCGCAAUAAUAUAUAUAUAUAUAUAUACAUAAUAUAUCAUAUAUAUAUAUAUCGGUAAAAGAGACGACAGCGUGAAUUUUCGCGCGUGCGACGCAACGUCGGGUGAGACGAGUGAUCGUAUAGCGACGAGGUCGUGAACUCGCUCGAACGCGCGAGCGAGCGAACGCGAGAGGGAGCAAGCGAGAGAAAGAAAGAGCGAGGAGGCACAUACAUCGUUCGAGAAGCAUCGACGGCAAUCGAACUCCAGGGGCCCUUAACGUGUGCGGUGUUCGCGGACCCUAUCGGCUUGCCAAGGUUAAAUAAGAGGAGACGUGAAAUACUCGUCCCCGUGUGCGGGAAGCCUCGCUAAAAUGGCGCUGAUCGGCACCGUCGUCGGCCGAUAGGAGGAAAAGGAGCAUACAGGUGAAGGAAAGGAGAGAAUAAUAAAAGA